AUCAUAACAUUUUGCAGACGUAAACAAAUGGAAUCAUCAUCGAAAUCAGUCAGAUCAGCAGUGAACAAAAUUUUAUUGUGAAUCAUAUUUUCACCUAAAUCGAAUCAGGAUGGAUGUGCUGGAUACUUAUUACAAUAAGGAAGAAUACGUCGAAACCGCUUCCGGCAAUAAAGUUAGCAGGCAAACUAUCCUGUGCGGUUCCCAGAACAUUGUGCUUCACGGAAAGGUGAUAGUGCAAAGUGGGGCCAUCAUUCGGGGCGAUCUGGCUGCCGUGCGAACCGGGCGAUACUGUGUCAUCUCCAAAGGCUCCGUCGUUCGACCACCUUACAAACAGUUCAGCAAAGGAGUGGCUUUCUUUCCGUUGCAAAUUGGCGAUCAUGUGUUCAUCGGAGAGGGAGCGAUUGUGUCCGCUGCGUCGAUCGGUUCCUACGUUUACAUCGGGAAAAAUGCCGUGGUGGGACGGAGAUGUGUUUUGAAAGACAACUGUAUCAUUGAGGAUGGCGCAAUUCUUCCUCCGGAAACAACGGUUGCAAGUUAUAUGAGGUACACAGUCGACGGUAAAAUCGAAGGCGGCCAGGGAAAUCCAGACUUUGUCCCGCAUGCUAUGCAAGACCUGAUGGUGGAGUAUACCAAGGCCUACUAUGAGCAUUUUAUUCCUGCUAGUGGAGCCUAAGACGUCCCCUCCGUUUAUUAGACUUCUUCCUUAUUUAUUUCCUUAACCCUGUAGUACAAGGGAAAAAAAAUAAUCAUGAGUUUAUCGCUUUAUUCAUUUACACUUAAAUAAAACAUUA